GAAGAGGGAGCAGUGCGGAAAUCAUCGUCACCGAUUUCGCCGUACACAGGGUGUGCGCACGUACACGGUGAAUAUAUCGAUCGACGCGGCGGCGGCGGCUUCGGCGGAGGUGUACGGUCGCUGAUGCCUUCCCCACUACAGCUUCGUCGGCGGCGGCGGCGGCGGCGGGAAGAAGGGCGCUCGUUCCUCGUUGUCUAGCGGUGAACGCUACCGACACGCACCGACACCGGCGGGACGUGGCGUCGUCGCGCACACAACGUCCCGAGUCCACGUCCACAGCGGUACGCCGUGAGUUAGGUCGCGCGGCCACCGUGUGCGCGCCGUACACCUACUAAAUCAUAUACACUACAUCACUACAGUUGUCUGCGGCCGCGUGUUGUUCGGGUGUCGGUGCGUGCGAUGCGAUCCCGGUCGCGGGUUACCGGUGGCACGACGACGACAACAGCUGACGACGAAGACGACUGGCAUGGCCACAACGAUAGCAGCACCUCGCAGCUGAAUCGUGAACAACGGCCGAGAUCGCGAGAACGCCGCGUCGCCGCGGGUACCAACACCGCCGCGGAUAUCACCAUCGACGCGGGUACCACCACCACCAACACCAGCACUACUAUCACUUCGUCCUCCGAUCGUAUUAUUUCGAAAAUAUUAAACAAUGAGUCUAAAAAAAAAACCCAAAGAAGAAGACCACGAAGCACUGGCAGAAGACGAAGCUAUCACAGAUGGUCAAAACUAUAUACUUGUUCCUCCAGACGGAGGAUGGGGCUGGCUGGUGCUUCUAGGCAGCACACUAGUCAAUAUGUUGAUACCAGGCACACUUAAGUCAUUUGGGGUGCUUUUCGUAGAGUUUACUGAAGCAUUUCAUGCAUCAGAGACCGCAGCGUCCUGGAUACCGGCCAUAUGCUAUUUUCUCUACUGUUCUUUGGGUCCUGUUUCGAGUUACCUGUCAUCAAUAUACUCGUAUCAGAUGGUGACACUAAUAGGAGGUACUUUGGCUUCUCUGGGUUUGAUGCUUUGCUAUUUCGCUAACUCCGUCACAUUUCUUUACUUCAGUUAUGGGAUGAUGUUUGGAUGCGGCGCGGGUCUAGCCUUCCCACCGGGCAUAUUCAUUGUGACUUCAUACUUCGUCAAAUACCGUGGGUUCGCUAACGGAGUGGCCAUAUCUGGCAGCUGCCUGGGUUCCAUGUUCUUGCCACCGUUCCUAGGAUAUCUGAUCGACAACUACGGUUACAAGGAAACGGUGCUGAUACUCGGUGCGUUAACGCUCAACGUGUGGGUGGGCGCGUUGCUAUAUCAUCCGGUAGAACAGCACAUGGUCAAGCAGUACACUGACGAGUACGAAUACGUGAAUGACGGGCCGGAAAGCUGCGGCGAAGCGGAUGCGGUGUCCAUCACCAUGUCGGCGACAGUGGACUUGCGCAACGCAACGGUGACCGGUGGCAAAAGUCUAACGGAACUGCGGAGCUGCGGCGUGGCGGGCGACAACGACGACAACGACGAUGUCGAGGACGAUGGGCAACAGCAGGAAACGGUGUCGUUGCUGGCGCAGAAUCUCAACGGGUAUGUGAUCGUCAACGAACUGAACGCGUCCAGUGUGAAGGUGCCCGCCGACGACCAGUACCUGUUGUCCGGCAGCGGCGUCUUGGUGAUCGCGGCGGUGAAUAGCAAGGCGGCGCGGGCCGCAGCUGGCUCGCCCAAGAUGGCGUUCAGCAGCUGCAGCUUGUUGCGGACGACCGGUGCCACGAACGAUCACCAACACCACCUGGUGCCCACGUCCGCCACUAUGAUGGACGGCCGGUCCAAGGCCAACGGGUCGUCGCUGUCGUCGUUGCGAUACGUCAGCACACCGUUCCACGGCAGCACGCUGGUCAGUCUGUACGAGGAGUCGCAGCCCAAGCAGCAUCAGCAGCAGCAACAGCAGCAACAACAGCAGCAGCAGCAGCAGCAGCAUCAGAAGUUAGAGUUGGCCGCCAACGGCUUGUCGCGCCGCAAGACCAUGGCCGGGGCGCUCCAGCUGUUGUCCGAUCCGCUGUUCAUCGUCAUACUCGUGUCGAAUGCCACCACGGCCAUCGGGUACACGAACUCAGCCAUUCUGCUGCCGUCGUACGCCAUCAGCAUCGGCCACGACAAGAGUAGCUCGCAGUACCUGCUGUCCGUGGUGGCCGUUCUGGACCUAGUUGGCCGCAUUGGCGGCAGCACGCUAUCUGACUGGAUCCGGCUGGACAAGCGGUACUACUACCUCAGCGGUCUGGUGCUGUCCGGCGUCGCGCUGUUCGUGCUGCCGUUCACCGACGAUUACCCUACCAUGUGCUGCGCUUGCGCCGCGUUCGGGCUGAGCUCCGGCGUCGUGAUCGGCAUCACGGCCGUCAUCAUGGUCGACAUGCUCGGCGAGGAGCGGCUGUCCUCGUCCUACGGCAUCUCGCUGUUCUGCAACGGGCUCGUGCAGCUCAUCGGGCCGCCCGUAGCCGGCUACAUAUUCGAGACGGUCGGCUCGUACAGGCCCGUGUUCCACGGGAUGGGCGUCAUACUGCUGUUCGGGGCGUCCGUGUGGCUGAUCACGCCGUUCCUCAAAAAACCCCAUCACCAACAAUGACACGCAACGCCGCCGGCCGUCCACCAGGGUCGUCACGCAAACGCGCACGUUUAUUGAAAUACACCGCACGACCUCAUCAUAUCCGACGCGUAUGGCAUUGUACAUUGUAGUAGUAGAUAGAUAAUCAUUGCGAUACCAUUACCGAAUGAACGCGAAAUAUUUAUUACAUACAUAUGUAUUGUUAUUUGUUUGUAUUAUAUUAUAAUAUUAUACGUAGUGAGCCGACGACGACGCGUUCCUAUCGACGCGCGCGCGCGCGCACGCGACUGAGAUGGGACUACGUUACGAUCAAUUACCGCAACACGAAUGGACUGAAUUUUUAUUUAAACUUGUCUGCAUUGCUUUGUAUUUUAUUAUCUACAUAAGUAUAAUAGGGUGUACACGGACCGACGGGCAAGCGCGUGAAAAAUUUCGUUUUCCGGAACGGUAGCGUCUAUGGGAGGGGGAGGGUUGUUUAUUCGAAACAUCGGUCAAAGGGGUUCACGGUAGUUUAACGGAGCGUCAGAUUUUCACGGAGAACAGGUUAAAAUCCCUGUUAACUGUCUCGUCCGAACACACUACUGUUGCAGUGCACCAACAACAUUGCACUCCGACAAAUUCGUCGUGCACUACAUAUCGCGGGAAUCUAGAAACUUAGAAAAUCCUAAAUUUUCAGCGGGGACCACAUAAUAUAUAAAUAUGAUAACGUUCAACGGGUAGCACUCAACACCUUGUACGCUUGUGAAUGAUGUACUCACACUAUAGAUCAUUUGUUGAACAAUUUUUUAACCGUUGUGCCUGCAUGAUCAUGUAGUUGAGGAUUUUCCAAAACUUUCAAAACACACCGUGCAUUGUUAAUGCUAAAAAAAGUCGAUUAGUUAUCACGAUAUUACGUUAAAUAUGUGUUAUAUAAAGACAAUUUUUAUUAAAGAAAUUUAAGACAUCACGAAUGUAUGAGCAAUAUAGUAUUAGUUAAAUAGAUCUUUUAUUCGAAUAAAUAUAUCAUAUUUUCUUGUAAUACAUAAAUGCGUCAUCGCUCUUACAACAUAAACACAACAUAAUUGGCUACUCAUACACAUAUUACAGUAUUUAUAGAGUGAGUUACCGUAUUUUCUAUAUAACAAUUAUUAUCUGUAUUCGUUGGUGGCUCACUUAGUAUAUUUAUAGGUACGUGAAAAACAUGCAAGAGGCUGUACUUGAAAACAUAUUCGACCAUUCGAUUUUUUUACCUAUUCUUCCAGUCCCGCUUAUUCUUCCGUCGACUUGAGCAACGAAUGUUUUAUGUUAUUAUUUUUUAAUAUUAUUAUUUCACGUAGCCGUAAUAAUGAUAUGCUAAUGUUU